AUGAAGUUCGCCGCGCUCGCACCCAUCGCAGCUCUUGCUCUCGCCUCCGCCGUCUCCGCCCAGACAGACGCCUGCCAGACCUGUCUCCAAACCUCCAUUAAAGCCCUCCCCCUCUGUGCAGGUGUCAACAUCACCAUCGGCGACUUUGACCCCGCUGCCUCCCCCGCCUAUGCCGCCUGUCUCUGCCAGUCGACCUCAGGAACCUGGAUCGACUCCUGCAUUGCCUCUAAAACCUGCUCGGACGACGUCCUCUCCCUUAAGGCCACCUACGCGUCCUCGUUGACCGAGAUUGGUCUCAACUGCAACGGUACCACCCCUACUUUUAUCCCUGCUACCACAGACCCCGUGUCCCCCUCUUCUGCCUUGCCUACUGGCGGUGCUGGAGCCUCGGCCACUUCAGGUAGUGAUGCCAAGCCUACUGGCAGCAAUGGCACUUCUGCGGGCCAGAAGAGCAUCUCUGCAUCUUCGUUCAUGCUUGCUGAGACCAUGGGUGUCUUGGCUGUUGUUGCUGCCAUCGGAGCUAGCUUCCUCUAA